GUUGUUGCCGCCGGAGGUUGUUCCGAGGCAGCGGGAUCGCGGCGCCGGGAAGCGCCCGGCAGCGGUGGCCCCAGAGUGCGCGGCGGCGCCUCCCGGCCAAGGCCCCCGGUCCCCGACCCCAUGCACUAGUCCCGCGCCGCCGGCACCGUAGUCCCAGCCGCACCAGCCCCGCGUGUCUACCCGCCGCCGCCGCCGCCGCGCCGCCCCGGCCUCGGGCCUCGCGGCUCCGGAGACAUGAACUUCCAGGCGGGCGGAGGACAGAGCCCGCAGCAGCAGCCGAGCCUGGCGGCGCCAGGAGGUGGUGGCGGCGGCGGCGGCGGCGCGGGGGGCGGCGGGCAGUUUGGCGGCGCGGGGCCGGGGGCCGGGGGCGGUGGCGGCCCCUCGCAGCAGCUGGCCGGCGGGCCCCCACAGCAGUUCGCGCUCUCCAACUCGGCGGCCAUCCGGGCCGAGAUCCAGCGCUUCGAGUCCGUGCAUCCCAACAUCUACGCCAUCUACGACCUGAUCGAGCGCAUGGAGGACUUGGCGCUGCAGAACCAGAUCCGGGAGCACGUCAUCUCCAUCGAGGACUCCUUUGUGAACAGCCAGGAGUGGACCCUGAGCCGCUCAGUGCCUGAGCUUAAAGUGGGCAUUGUGGGGAACCUGUCUAGUGGGAAGUCGGCCCUUGUGCACCGCUAUCUGACGGGGACCUAUGUCCAGGAGGAGUCCCCUGAAGGGGGUCGGUUUAAGAAGGAGAUUGUGGUGGACGGCCAGAGUUACCUGCUGCUGAUCCGGGACGAGGGAGGCCCACCUGAGCUCCAGUUUGCUGCCUGGGUGGACGCGGUGGUGUUUGUGUUCAGCCUGGAGGAUGAGAUCAGCUUCCAGACGGUGUACAACUACUUCCUGCGCCUCUGCAGCUUCCGCAAUGCCAGCGAGGUGCCCAUGGUGCUGGUGGGCACGCAGGAUGCCAUCAGCGCUGCAAACCCCCGGGUCAUCGAUGACAGCAGGGCCCGGAAGCUGUCCACAGACUUGAAGCGCUGUACCUACUAUGAGACAUGCGCGACCUACGGGCUCAAUGUGGAGCGUGUCUUCCAGGACGUGGCCCAGAAGGUGGUGGCCUUGCGGAAGAAGCAGCAGCUGGCCAUCGGGCCCUGCAAGUCACUGCCCAACUCCCCCAGCCACUCGGCAGUGUCCGCCGCCUCCAUCCCGUCCGUGCACAUCAACCAGGCCUCGAACGGCGGCGGCAGCGCCUUCAGCGACUACUCGUCCUCAGUCCCCUCCACCCCCAGCAUCAGCCAGCGGGAGCUGCGCAUCGAGACCAUCGCUGCCGCCUCCACCCCCACACCCAUCCGCAAGCAGUCCAAGCGGCGGUCCAACAUCUUCACGUCUCGGAAGGGUGCCGACUUGGAACGGGAGAAAAAGGCCGCCGAGUGCAAGGUGGACAGUAUCGGGAGUGGCCGGGCCAUCCCCAUUAAACAGGGCAUCCUGCUGAAGCGGAGUGGCAAGUCCCUGAACAAGGAGUGGAAGAAGAAGUACGUGACACUCUGUGACAACGGGCUGCUCACCUACCACCCCAGCCUGCACGAUUACAUGCAGAACAUCCACGGCAAGGAGAUCGACCUGCUGCGGACCACCGUGAAGGUGCCAGGGAAGCGCCUGCCCCGAGCCACGCCUGCCACAGCCCCCGGCACCAGCCCGCGGGCCAACGGGCUGGCCUUGGAUCGAAGUAACACACAGCUGGGCGGGGGCACAGAGGCGGAGGAGUCCUUUGAAUUUGUGGUGGUGUCCCUCACCGGGCAGACGUGGCACUUCGAGGCCUCGACAGCGGAGGAGCGGGAGCUGUGGGUACAGAGCGUGCAGGCCCAGAUCCUCGCCAGCCUGCAGGGCUGCCGCAGCGCCAAGGACAAGACCCGACUGGGGCACCAGAAUGCGGCUCUGGCCGUGCAGGCCGUCCGCACCGUCCGUGGCAACAGCUUCUGUAUCGACUGCGACGCCCCCAAUCCAGACUGGGCCAGCCUGAACCUGGGUGCCCUGAUGUGUAUCGAGUGCUCAGGGACCCACCGACAUCUCGGGGCUCACUUGUCCCGGGUCCGUUCCCUUGACCUUGAUGACUGGCCACCUGAGCUGCUGGCCGUCAUGACAGCCAUGGGCAAUGCCCUGGCCAAUAGUGUCUGGGAGGGAGCCCUGGAUGGAUAUGCGAAGCCAGGGCCUGAUGCGUGCAGAGAAGAGAAGGAGCGCUGGAUCCGGGCCAAGUACGAGCAGAAGCUCUUCCUGGCCCCGCUGCCGAGCUCGGACGUGCCGCUGGGGCAGCAGCUGCUCCGGGCCGUGGUGGAGGACGACCUGCGGCUGCUGGUGAUGCUUCUGGCACACGGGUCCAAGGAGGAGGUGAACGAGACCUACGGGGACGGGGACGGGCGGACAGCUCUGCACCUCUCCAGCGCCAUGGCCAAUGUCGUCUUCACACAGCUGCUCAUCUGGUACGGCGUGGACGUGAGGAGCCGGGACGCCCGGGGCCUGACUCCCCUGGCCUACGCUCGCCGCGCCGGCAGCCAGGAGUGCGCAGACAUUUUGAUCCAGCACGGCUGUCCCGGGGAGGGCUUAGCACCUACCCCCAGCAGAGAGCCUGCCAACGGCACCGCUGCCUCCGCCGAGCUGCACCGAAGCCCCAGCCUCCUCUAAGGCACAGGAGGAGGGCGGAGAGGCCAGGACUCCAGACCCCGGGCCCUCCUCCCUGCAGGCACUGAGGGAAGCGAAGACAAGGAGACUGAGAAGCAGGGACGCGAGGAAGGAAGGAGGAGAGGGGAGCAGGAGGCGGGGGUGGCUGGGGUUUGAGCUGGCAAGGGGACUGAAGAGGCCUCGCCUUCUGCCCUGCGGUGCCCGUGAGAACGGACAGGACCCUCUGGAGGCGCCUGAGGAGAGGGGAGCAGGGCCUCUCCCUCCUACCGAUUCCUGCUCUCGAGUGCCAGCCCCCUGGGAGCCUUCAUCCCAAAGCGGAACCUGGAAAGCACAGGUUGGGGGUGCUGGGUAAAAGAUUGGGGGGUUGGGGGAUCUGUGGGUCUCAUGUAAAUUUGUACAUUGGAAUAUUUAUGUUUGUGUACAUAUUUGGUGUGUGUGUGUGUGUAUGAUGAGCCAAUAAACCAGACAGUGUG